AAAUACUCUCAGAUCUCUUGCUCUCUUGUUCCUCUCUCUCUCUCUCUCUCGCUCGCUCGCUCGCUCGAUUAGCUCUCUCGAUAUUCUCCGAGAAAGAAGAUCUAGACUCUCAUCGUUGUCUUCUUCUCUCGGAAUCUUGUAUUGAUUUCUCUAUCUCUAUUUCUCCGUCCGUAUAAUAAGGUGAAGAUGACUACCGAAACUCAGGGCUACACAAAUAAUUCUCCUGCGAUCGCUCCUCCCGUCCCCUCCUCGAAACAGCCGGUUCCCGUUGCCAAGAGCGUUGACACCCAGUCUGUUUUGAAGAGAUUGCAGUCCGAACUGAUGGCCCUAAUGAUGAGUGGAGAUCCUGGUAUAUCUGCUUUUCCAGAGGAAGACAACAUAUUCUGUUGGAAAGGAACCAUCUGUGGAAGCAAAGAUACUGUUUUUGAAGGCACAGAGUACAAGCUCUCCCUCUCCUUUCCUGCUGAUUACCCUUUCAAGCCUCCAAAGGUUAAAUUUGAAACCAGUUGCUUCCAUCCUAAUGUGGACGUUUAUGGAAACAUUUGCUUGGACAUCCUUCAGGAUAAAUGGUCAUCUGCAUAUGAUGUGAGGACCAUUCUGCUUUCAAUCCAGAGUCUACUUGGAGAACCAAAUACAAGUUCACCUCUGAAUACCCAAGCAGCUGCACUUUGGAGCAACCAAGAAGAAUACAGAAAAAUGGUAGAGAAAUUAUACAAACCUGCUGCUUAAUUUGAGUUUCCAAAUUUUCCCAGUUGAGUGUACAAUAUAUUCAUUUGAAGGGAUAAAAGAGACUGUUUUAGUUUGUCUAGGUUCUUUCUUUUCUCUCACAAAGCGAUUGUUGUCACCAAUUUAUAUUUUAAAAGUUUGGGGGUGGCUCCCUUGCUGUGUGAAAUUUGUCCAAUUUGGAAUUAAAGGCAUUUUUUACUCUC